CUCUCUCUCUCUCUCUCUCUCUCCUAACUCUUUGCUAUUAAAUCUCUUCCGCGUCCUCUACCCUUUUGCCAACUACACUUCACUCUCUCUCUCUCUCUCUCUCUCUCUCUCUCUUUCAAGCAACCAUCAAAAUCAAAUACCUCUCUUUCUUUUUCUAUUCUUUUCUCUGGCGAUGAACAUGGAGGGAUAACCCUCGCAGCUUUUGCUCUCUCUCUCUCACGCAGAGAUCAGAUCUGCUUCACAUUGUUCUCGCAAACAAGGUGUAGAUUAUUACGGAACACUUGUGCUGGGAAAACAUGGCGACAGGGAAAUAUACUAGAGUAGACAAUAGGAGGUCUUCGGCGAGUAGUUACUGCUCGACCGUGACCAUUGUGGUGUUUGUAGCUUUGUGCUUGGUCGGGGUUUGGAUGAUGACCUCGUCGUCUGUAGUUCCUGUUCAAAAUGUAGAUGUACCUCAGGAGAAAAAGAGCGAGCUCAACGAGCAAGACAACAAUAAGGUUGAUGUGAAGGAACAAGUGAGUGACAACAAUGAGGGCACUACCAGGCAAUUUGAAGAUAACCCAGGUGAUUUACCUGAGGAUGCAACCAAAGGAGACAGCAGAGAUGGUGCUACUCAAGUUGAAGAGAAGGUCGAAGGGAAGUCAGAGGAGAAGACUGAGGAGAAAUUUGUUGAAAAGACUGAAGACACGCCUGAGGAGAAAACUGAAGAGAAGAAUGAGGAGAAAUCUGAAGAUGGGUCAAAAACUGAAACAGAGGACGGAGUAAGUAAAACGGAGGAUUUAGAUUCUAAGGUGGAAAAUGGUGAGUCGAAUCAAGAAGAUGGAGAGAAGAAGAGUGAUGGUACUGAAAAUGAUAAUGAGAAAAAGUCUGAUUCCAGUGACGAUGACAAGAAAUCGGAUGAAACUAAGGAUACCGAAAACGUGAAUGGUCAGAUAGAGGAGAAAGUGGACCUAACUGACACUAAGGAGUCAGAUGGUGAGAAAAAGGAAAAUGGGCAGGCCAAAAACCAGAGUAGUAAUGAGGUAUUUCCUUCUGUUGCUCAGUCAGAGCUGUUGAACGAGACUGCAACUCAAAAUGGGUCAUGGUCAACUCAAUCGACAGAGUCAAAGAAUGAGAAGGAGGCUCAACUUUCUUCAAAUCAGCAAACUAGUUACAACUGGAAACUCUGCAAUUCCACUGCUGGGCCUGAUUUCAUCCCAUGCCUUGACAAUUUGCAAGCCAUUAAAAGUCUUCAUAGUACCAAGCAUUACGAACAUCGUGAGAGGCACUGUCCCGAAGAGGCCCCCACCUGCCUUCUUCCUGUGCCGGAAGGAUAUAGACGCUCAAUUGAAUGGCCAAAGAGCAGGGAAAAGAUAUGGUACUACAAUGUUCCCCAUACCAAGCUUGCGCAAGUUAAGGGACAUCAGAAUUGGGUCAAAGUUACUGGUGAAUAUCUUACUUUUCCUGGUGGUGGAACUCAAUUCAAGCGUGGUGCUCUUCAUUAUAUAGAUUUCAUACAAGAGUCUGUUCCUGAUAUUGCAUGGGGGAAACGAUCACGUGUCAUAUUAGAUGUUGGAUGCGGGGUUGCAAGCUUUGGAGGCUAUCUCUUUGACAGAGAUGUCCUUGCAAUGUCAUUUGCCCCAAAAGAUGAGCAUGAAGCUCAAGUGCAGUUUGCACUUGAAAGAGGAAUUCCUGCUAUAUCUGCCGUAAUGGGCACGAAAAGGCUUCCUUUCCCCGGCAAAGUUUUUGAUGUUGUCCACUGUGCCCGCUGCAGGGUUCCUUGGCAUAUAGAAGGUGGUAAGCUUCUAUUGGAGCUGAAUCGUGUAUUGAGACCUGGUGGUUUCUUUGUCUGGUCUGCUACUCCAGUUUAUCAGAAGCUGGCUGACGAUGUUCAAAUUUGGAAUGCCAUGAAGGAACUAACGAAAGCGUUGUGCUGGGAACUUGUGUCAAUUAAUAAGGAUACAAUAAAUGGAGUUGGUGCAGCCAUAUACAGAAAGCCCACUUCAAAUGAGUGCUAUGAGAAAAGAUCACAGAGCGAUCCUCCUAUCUGUGCUAACACUGAUGAUCCAAAUGCAGCCUGGAAUGUGCCACUACAAGCAUGCUUGCACAAAGUGCCUGUAGAUGCAAAAGAGCGUGGGUCUGAAUGGCCUGAACAGUGGCCAUCGAGGUUGGACAAGACACCUUACUGGUUGUUAAGUUCCCAAGUUGGUGUUUAUGGGAAACCUGCCCCUGAGGAUUUCACUGCAGACUAUGAGCACUGGAAACGCGUGGUGACCAAAUCAUAUCUAAAUGGAAUGGGGAUUAACUGGUCAUCUGUUAGGAAUGUUAUGGACAUGCGAGCUGUGUACGGAGGAUUUGCUGCUGCUUUGAAAGAUUUGAAAAUUUGGGUCAUGAACGUGGUCUCGGUAGACUCUCCAGAUACACUACCCAUAAUUUACGAACGAGGUUUGUUUGGUAUAUACCAUGAUUGGUGUGAAUCAUUUAGCACUUACCCCAGGUCCUACGACCUUCUCCAUGCAGAUCAUCUGUUUUCCAAGCUUAAAAAGAGGUGCAAUUUAGUGGCUGUAGUUGCAGAGGUUGAUCGGAUCCUUCGACCAGAGGGAAAGCUUAUCGUGAGAGAUGAUGUUGAGACUAUUAACGAGCUGGAGAACAUGGUGAAGUCAAUGCAGUGGGAGGUUCGCAUGACCUAUUCCAAAGACAAGGAGGGAUUGCUUUGCGUCCAAAAGUCCUUGUGGCGGCCAAAGGAGUCGGAGACACUCAAGUAUGCCAUUGCGUAAGCAUGCCCUGGAGUGGCUGGCUGCUAAGAGGAUAUUGUUACACAUUCUUUUUUGUACUGGUUGUUAAUUGAAAAUUCAUGGUAAUUGUACUUUAUAUUAGCCAUUGUAUCAUUUUAGUUAGGCCUUGUAGUAGUCUAUUGAUUUUUUGCUACAUUUUUCUUUCUUUUUAAAAUUUGAUGUUUGGAGUUCCAUUGUAACACUACCUUGCUGGUUAUUGAUGGAAAAAGAAAAUGAGAACAUUCUUGCAA